AUGAGAACCCUACUCCUUCUUUUGGCGGUGAUUGUCGGAAUUACCCUUGCCGUUCACCCAAUUGUCGAGAAUAAACUCAUCUGCGAGGCGUGCGAGAAAUUGGUUGAGGACGCCGAAAAGUACGGUGGCGAUGAUUUGGAGGGGUAUUUGAAGAAGAAAAUCUCGGAAGUCUGCGAUUUCACGGUUGUUUUGAAAAAGGAAUGCGAGGAGGCACUUGACGACGUUCUCAAAGAACUUAUCACUUACAUCGAAAAGAAAGCCUCGCCAUCGACUUGUUGCAAGGAAGUCAAAUUAUGC